AUGAACAAACUCGAUGACAGUAAUAUUGCAUACACACUAAUCAAGCUGUGUAAAUUGGACGGCCUGAAGAUUGCGUCUCCACCAUGUCCAUUUGAUGGGCUUGAGAGUGACUAUUUUAUUCAGUUGGGGAACCAAGACUUCUUUCAUGUUAAGACUGGCACUAAUUAUGAAUUUUACAAGACUCAGGCACUUGGCCAGGUUGAUGAGUGCUCAGCCUUGCUGCAGUUCAAGGAAAGCUUUGCAAUUAGCAAGUCUGUUUCUGCAGAUCCUCUUGCUUAUCCGAAGGUUUCAUUUUGGACGCGAGAAGGAGAUGGGAAUCGGAGUAAUUGUUGUUCAUGGGAUGGUGUUGAGUGUGAUGAAGACUUUGGCCAUGUUGUCGGCCUUGAUCUCCGUAGCAGCUGUCUCUACGAAAUUUCAAAGUUAUCGAAGCUGUCUACCCUUGAUCUGUCUUUCAAUGAUCAGAAACUUGAUGAUAGUAUCCCUUUGAAACUGACCAAGGCCAACAUGAGAAGCCUGGUUCAGAACUUGACCACCAUAAAACAACUUCAUCUUAAUUGGGUAGAGAUGUACUCCACUGUGCCUGAUAUCUUGGUCAAUGCAUCUUCUCUCACAUCUCUCCAACUUGGCGAUUGUGAGUUGAAUGGGGAAUUCCCAAUUGGCAUCUUCCACCUACCAAACUUAGAGGUUCUGGAUGUGGAAGGAUUUGACCAAAAUCCAAUCAAUCUUCCAUGGCAGAAUCUACGUUCUUUAGAUCUCCAGACUAAUAUGUUACAAGGAUCAUUGCCAAUUCCACCACAAUCAAUCAGAAACUAUAUGGUCGGCAGCAAUCAUUACAGUGGAGAAAUUUCGCCCUCGUUCUGCAACUUGAAUCAUUUGCAGAUUCUUGAUUUGUCCAACAACAACCUGAGUGGCAUGCUUCCACAAUGUUUGGGGAACUCCAGUGCUCUUGAAAUAUCGAUGCUGACGAACAAUUCUUUUCAUGGAAGUAUUCCUCAAAUGUGUCCAGAUGAAAAUAGUUUGAAAAUGGUUGAUUCAAGUUACAAUCAGUUACAGGGGAAGAUACCAAGAUCAAUGGCCAAUUGCACUCAAUUAGAGUUUAUUAACCUCGAAAACAAUCAGAUAAGCGACAUCUUCCCAUCUUGGUCAGGAGCACUUCCAGCAUUAAGGGCUCUCGUUUUGAGGUCCAAUCGAUUUCAUGGCAUGAUUGGGAAGUCUGCAGCUAACCAUGACUUCCCAAAGUUGUGCAUCAUUGAUUUAUCUAACAACGGUUUUUUAGGUAUGUUACCCUCUAACUACUUAGAGAACUGGAAUUCCAUGAAAUUUGUUGGCAAGAACCAGCAACAUUAUUUUAGUGUCUUUGAGAAGUUCGACAGCUCAGAUAAAUAUGCCUAUUUCUAUGCUUAUCCAUACUCGAUCACGACUUUUGCAAAAGAGGUUGAGUUGAAAUAUACGAAUACUCCUUAUCUUCUAAGAUUGAUAUAUAGAUUUCUCAAGUAA